AACUUCGCGAUUUCGCAUUUCUUAAAUUAGAUGGGAUGUUAGCAACAUUGCUGAGAGGUGGCCCUAUGACCCCCUAUUACAUUAUUUGUUAUUCAGCAAGCGAAAAAAAGACUGAGAAAUAACUAGAUUGCCCGCUAUAACACUAGUCUGAUAAGUGAACGCAUGCUCAGUCGCAGGCAAUCUGUCGACGUAGGCGGUUGUAUGGCACCUGUACUUUCGAAACCCCAAAAAUGGUCGAAGCACCCUUAUUACUUGCUGAAAUGAGUUCCUCUAAUAAUUAUAGUGUUGGAACCAUCUGACUUAUGAAAUUACCUCAGAGGAGCUGAUGACCUUGGUUUUAUCUUAAAUUAAUUCACUAUUUAAAAGCAAGAACAAAGAAAAAUGUUAACCCUGCAAUUUCAUUUCUUAAUUUAUAGGACUUGUGGUUCUCCUCAGCACGUUCACAAUAAUGGCAGCCUUGUAUCUAUUGUGUCCUCUGUUAUUUUACGACGCUUGGAUAAAAAGCCUGACCGUGUUGAGAUUUCAGAGGAACAGCUAGUUCAAGCAACUUUGAGAGCUGAGGAGUUGGCGGCUGAAGUAGAUCGCCCAUUAAGAGUUGUGGGUUGGUAUCAUUCUCACCCACACAUAACAGUUUGGCCUUCCCAUGUUGAUCUUGCUACACAAUCAAUGUAUCAAAGAAUGGAUUCAAGUUUUGUGGGCAUAAUAUUUGCAGUGUUCUUAACAGAACAAACAACAAAGGCUCCAUCGGUACAAAUAACAUGUUUUCAGUCUAUUAAUGGUUCAAAUCAAACAAGGCGAGAAAUUGACAUGGAAAUUACAAACAGUAGUGAUUCGUUAUUGAUUAAUAAUUUUCAGAUUCUCACUCAAUUACCUGCUAUACUAAAAGAAGAAGAAGAUGAAGCAUACAACAAUGAAGUAGGACAAAGUGACGAACAAGAUGAUAUUAUCAAUAAACAACACAAUGCGGCUGUGCGAACAAUUGCAAUAGGCCACAUAGUAGAAAAGAUGUCCCGCCCGAUGUUGGAAGGUCUGGUAGCAAGAAAUGCACUAAAUAAUGUGCGUGUUAAAGCAUUGAAAAAACAUCACCAAGAACUAAUGUCUCGUUUGGAAAAUUCUAUGUAAAUGAAACCUAGUGCUAUUUCUGCUCGCGUGUCUAAACUUUGAAACGACGUUAGAUUUCCCUCUCUUCACCACCAUGCCAAAGCUCUGAUUUAUGAGCUAUAUCAUAGUAUAUGUACUUUCAAAGAAAUAUAUAUGAAUAUUUUGAUGACAA